CGCCCGACCGAGGGUAUGAGCGGCUGUCAAAUCUUCUCGGAGCCUGCUUCUCCGAAACCCUCUGUGGAGACGCUUCGGAUUGAGUGGCCACUGGCUACUCUUCGUCAAUUUGCCUUCCAUAAGUGCCUCUUUAAGAUGGAGACGGGGCGAAAGGCGCCCUACGGUGAGGGCCACUACCUCUUUCGACUCAAACAGCUCGGCGAGUUCCGCCAGACGCUGGAGUAG